CAGAGACCAUUCAAUUAUGCAGCAGUCAAUUUUGCGGCAGCAGAGCGCACGGAUGCUACUUCAACUGCCUCUGACGACUCGGAAAGAGUGAUUGCAGAGUCACUUCGCGACAUUGCAAACACGACCCUUGGUUUCGAGAAAGUCUUUGCGGUCGGCUUGCGGGACCGCAUGGACAAGCGCGAUGCCAUGACUAUAGGCGCUUCCCUGUCAGGCAUUCAUUUAGAAUGGAUCGAUGGGGUACAUCUGAGCGAUAUGUCGGAUAAAUCGUAUCCAGCGGGCUGGAAUACAGAAGACCCUAUACCUGCGCAGCUUGGAGCUUGGCGGGCACAUAUGAAUGCGCUCCAAAGAAUCGUGAACGAGGAAAUCAGCACUGCUCUUAUAUUCGAAGACGACAUCGACUGGGAUGUGACUAUAAAGGCACAACUUAAACAGUUUGCUCGUGGAGUACGCGCUCUCCAAGAGACUAGUAGCGUUUCCUCUUUUUCUCCCUAUGGCGAAAACUGGGACGUGCUUUGGCUCGGAGGGUGUGGUGCCGGCACUAAACCCUCGAGCCGCGUCUAUAUGAUUCCAAACGAUACGACAGUGCCACCUCGCUCACGCCACUUCCCUACUGAAAUCCUAAAGCCAGUAUUCGCAGAAUGGGAAGGGUUGGAAAAUGCACGAUUUGUGUUCGAUGCUGCCGACGUACCAUGCUCCUUGGCGUACGCAGUGACAUUCGAAUCCGCGCGCAAGAUUCUCAUCAAAUGGUCGUUGGAGCCAAAUAGCCAACCAUUCGAUAACGACUUGAGAGAGCUUUGUAAUCCAUUCAACUCACAUGGCACUUCUCUCCGGUGCCUGGCUCCGUAUCCGUUGCUAUUCAACAGUUAUCGAAAGGAAGGCCCUGAUUUUCAGGGCUCAGAUAUACACAAUGAUGGUGAUUCGUGGCAUGAGGCUUACACCAAUGGAAUUACAUACAGCACUAUGCUAAAUUCCAAGAGACUGGUGAAUGGUGCCAAAACUGCAUUGGCGCAAUAUCCCGAGGUCGAUCCACAGCUGCUUGAGUUUGAUGGGCUUGAGCUUCCUCGAGGGAACCUUACUUCAUGGAACCUUAGGCUUUAUCAGCCCGAAUAG